AUGCAGGCGCAGCAACAACGCGGGGCCAUAACCCUCGUCAUUGCACUUGCUGCGGCGCUCGCCGCCCAUGGCGCCGCCCUCAGCGAGGCGUUCCUGUACAAAAUUAAACUCUGCUUUACGGAGACUGGCCGCAUCAUAGACAAGAUGAGGGGCGGCAGGGCACAGGCGGUGCGGCGCCAGAUCGCCGAGGUGAUGGGCGGGCCCGACGGGCUGCAGGGCGCGCCGGUGGACAGGGUUGUCGCCCUCCUGAAGGAUCUGGAUGAGGAGUCUGGACAUAUCACAAGAGAGGUCCAGCUGCAGGGUUUCAGGACCCUGAUUGCCACAUCGCUGGUUGAGACGUGGGCGCUGAAGCUAGUCGCGCUGGUGAUCCACGGGAAGGAGGAAGCGCUGCGCCAGCAGGCGCCCAUGACCGCGGCGCAAGCGGCAGACUUCAUCGCCGCCGACCUCGACCGCCUGAACAUCAGGCGCCCGCAGGAGCUGGCCAGCGUGGACAAUGCCGUCGAGCAGCUCUACAGGCAUCUGUACAUGGAGGUGCCCGACGACAUGGGGGACGAGGACGAGGAGGAGUUCGUCGGCCUCAAGUGGUGA